UUCUGGGCGUGUCCAAAGCACGUUUCCAGACGUACAUAAAUAACAGCGGGGACAGGACACGGCACUACAGACCUCCCGAGCGUCUCCGUGCUACCCAACCUUCCACACACCACAAUGCUGAAGCUCCUUGCUCUCUCUCUGGUGGCUGUUGCCAUGGGCCAGUUGUUUACUCCUGGUCGCUUGGUCUUGGACAGAGUCGAUGGGUUCCGCGUGGAGUAUGAUGACAGUGCGAACGUUGUCCUGCUGAUCAGUGACAGAGAGUGCUAUAUCGUGGAGGCAGCUGAUGCCACCUGGGAUGCUCUGGUCCGCAACCACGAUGAACUUCAUGCCGCUGCUCUGGCCAUCGUCAAGCAGAUCGACGCCAACACCGGAGUGACACGUAUCAACUUCCGCGACGCCGCCACUCAGUACCACAGCCGCCUGGAGGAGUUCCAGUGCAUCCUCAAGUCCGUCUUCACCGUCAGCUACACCCCCAGCGUUGUCAGUGCACUACGCGUGCGGCUUGAACCCUGUUUAACCCCUCACCUCCCAGAGGUAUGACAAGUCCACUGUCUCAGGGAGUAAUUUUGUGCAACAAAGAAGAGAAUAAAAAACUUUUCAAUUAUC